AUGGGUACGGCUGCUAAGUCUACAAACUCUCUUGCUUUCUUCUUCAAUCAUUUGCUUAACGAUCCUCAUUGUUUUCAUUUAAGGGUUUCUUUAAAUGCUCAAAAUUUUUAUUAUUAUCCUUGUCGUAGUUUUUGUUCUACUUCUGCCAACACUACCAAUAGUGGUAGAGAUAAUGUGGAAAGCACCAUUCAGUUCUUGCAAUCUGUGAGAGAUCGGUGCAGAUCUCGAAGGUUAAGGAAUCUUGACGAUGCCUUGGGCCUGUUUGAUAGAAUGCUCCACAUACACCCUUUGCCUUCCAUCGUGGAUUUUACUCAAUUGCUGACUGCAAUUGCAAGAAUGAAGCAUCACUCCACUGUUAUUACUCUCAGUAAAGAAAUGGAACUAUCAGGAAUUGCUCCCGAUGUUUGUACUCUGAGCGUUUUGAUUAAUUGCUUCUGCCAUUCGAAUCGGGUGGAUUUUGGCUUCUCUAUCUUAGCUAGAAUUUUGAAAUUUGGUUUUCAACCAGACUGCAUAAUUCUUAGUACUCUUGUCAAGGGGCUUUGUCUUCAGGGUAAUAUUGUUGAAGCUGUAAAGUUGGUUAACAAAAUGGAGAAGAUAGGUUACAAACCUAAUAUAGUUACCUACGGAACGAUAAUGAAUUGUUUGUGUAAAAUAGGUAAGACUAGUGAAGCUAUAGGGUUGCUUAGGAAGAUGGAUGAAAGAAAUCUUGAACUUAAUGUAGUGCUCUAUGGCACAAUCAUUGAUAGUUUAUGUAAGGACAAAUCGGUGACUGAGGCUUUGAGUUUUUUCUUUGAAAUGAUAAGUAAAGGAAUUCAGCCAAACGUUUUCACUUGCAAUUCUUUAAUUCAAGGCCUAUGCAAUUUCGGCCGGUGGAAGGAGACAACUAAACUAUGGAAUGAGAUGGUGGAAAGGAAAAUCAUGCCAGAUGUGCGUACAUUCAACAUAUUGGUAGACACACUUGGCAAAGAAGGGAGGUUAAAAGAAGCACAAGAAGUUUUUGAUGUGAUGAUUCAGAGAGACAUAGAGCCUAAUACAAUCACUUACAAUUCUUUGAUUGAUGGUUACUGUUUGCAAAAUAGAAUGGAUGAAGCUGUCAAAGCAUUUAAAACGAUGGUUAGAAAGGGUUGUUCACCUUCUAUUGUUAGCUAUAGCAUAUUGAUCCAUGGAUAUUGUAAAAAUAAAAGAAUUGAUGAGGCAAUGAGUCUCUGCCGUGAAAUGACUAACAAUGGCAUGAUUCCUAAUGUUGUCACUUACACCACUCUUAUAGGCGGGUUUUGCCGAGUUGGGAGGCCUAAGAAUGCAUUAGAGCUACUCCAUGAGAUGCAAGUUUGCGGGCAACAUCCCGAUCCCUUAACUUAUGCUACUUUGUUAGAUGGCCUGUGUAAGAAUCUACACUUUCCAGAGGCAAUGACAUUGUUUCAAGGGAUAGAAGACAAAAAGUUAGGCCUUGAUAUCGUAAUUUAUAGUAUCUUGAUUCAUGCUAUGUGUAAUGCUGGGAAACUUACAACUGCAAGAGAAUUGUUUAAUACUCUUCCUACUAAAGGCUUGCAAGCUAAUGUUUGGACUUACACUAUAAUGAUGAAAGGACUUUGCAAAGAGGGACUACUAAAUGAAGCAAAGGAGCUAUUUGAGAAAAUGGAGGAAAGUGGUUGUUCGCCUAACCAUGUCACAUAUAACACAAUCAUCCAAGGCUUCUUGCAACAUAAUGAGACAUCAUGGGCAGUGAAAUAUCUCCAGAUGAUGGUUGAAAAUGGUUUCUCGGCAAAUACGACCACUACAACCAUUUUGAUCGAGUUGUUGUCUACUAAUCAGGCAGAUAAAACAUUACAAGAUUUUUUUCAAAUAUAUGUGUGA